AUGACAAAUGGAAUGGUAAACGGUGCCGGUCUAGAGAAUCAGUUUGCUUCUCUCGGUAUCAACGGCACAAAAUCUGCAUAUGUUCCUCCACAUUUAAGAAGCCAGCAGCGGGCUGCGUCAAGUCCCAUUGUCCCUGUUGAUGGGAGCGGCUGGACUGACUCCCGCUCAUCCACUCCUUCGUCUCGUGGCGGUUAUGGUAGUGGUAGGGGCGGAUACACUGAGCGCAGCGUCAGUAGCGCUUACGCUAAUCGUGGAGAAAAGUGGGGAGAGCGGACCACCACUGGUUGGCAAGGACAUUCUUCAAAAGGCGAUGGCGGUCCUCGCGACUCCGGAUUUGGUGUUUGGAGGGACGGAUUACACGUUCCCGGUCCCCGCAACAUGCGAAUGGAGAAGGAGUUGUAUGGAGACGAACAUGAUCCAUCGAAACAACAUACAGGAAUCAAUUUUGAGAAAUACGACGACAUUCCCGUCGAAGCUACAGGCGCUGGAGUCCCGGAGCCCGUCAAUGCAUUCACGAACCCGCCUUUGGACCCUGUUUUGCUAGAGAAUAUUGGAUACGCUCGUUACACUACACCGACACCGGUGCAAAAGUACUCGAUACCCAUUGUUGCACUUGGCAGAGACCUCAUGGCUUGCGCUCAGACUGGUUCUGGGAAAACAGGCGGUUUCCUAUUUCCAAUUCUAUCAGCAUCAUUUACUAAUGGACCUCGACCUCCUCUCGCCGAUGCGAUGAGUGGCGGGUAUGGUCGUACACGAAAGGCAUGUCCUACUGCCCUCAUCCUUGCUCCUACGCGAGAACUCGUCAGUCAAAUCCAUGAGGAGGCUCGCAAGUUCUGUUACCGUUCAUGGGUCCGACCGGCUGUCGUCUACGGUGGCGCUGACAUCAAUCAACAGCUGCGCCAGAUUGAGCGUGGCUGUGAUUUGCUCAGUGCUACUCCCGGACGUCUUGUUGAUCUGAUCGAGCGCGGCCGCAUCAGUCUUGCUAACAUUCAAUAUCUUGUUCUCGACGAAGCCGAUCGCAUGUUGGACAUGGGUUUCGAGCCCCAGAUCCGCCGAAUCGUCCAAGGGGAGGAUAUGCCUGGCGUCCAAGCACGCCAAACACUGAUGUUCAGUGCCACCUUCCCUCGCGAUAUUCAAGUUCUCGCACGAGACUUCAUGAAGGACUAUGUCUUCCUUUCGGUUGGUCGUGUAGGUUCUACCUCGGAGAACAUUACGCAGAAGAUUGAAUAUGUUGAAGACGGCGAUAAACGCUCUGUUCUUCUUGACGUGCUCUCCGCCCAUGACCCGGGACUUACACUAGUCUUCGUCGAGACGAAACGGAUGGCCGAUAUGCUUUCCGACUUCUUGUUGACGAACCACCUUCCUGCAACGUCCAUUCACGGAGACCGUACUCAGCGCGAACGCGAAAUGGCGCUGCAGACGUUCAAGAGUGGACGCACGCCAAUUUUGGUCGCCACUGCGGUUGCUGCUCGUGGCCUCGACAUACCCAACGUCACGCAUGUUGUUAACUAUGAUCUGCCGUCUGACAUUGAUGACUAUGUCCACCGGAUCGGUCGUACGGGCCGUGCAGGGAACGUUGGAGUUGCUACGGCGUUCUUCAACCGUGGCAAUCGCAACAUCGUCCGUGACCUCCUCGAGCUUCUGCGGGAAGCCAACCAGGAAAUUCCGGGUUGGUUAGAAACUGUUGCACACGAGAAUGCAUUUGGCGGCGCUACGCGUGGUCGCGGUGGACGCGGCCGUGGAGGAGGCCGUUCCCAAGCUUCCCGGGAUUUCCGUCCUGGGGGAGGUGGUAGUCACAGCGGCCGCGGAGGCGGAGGUGGCGGUGGUUAUGGAGGCCCGCAAUACGGUGGCUACGGUGGCAGCAACGGUUAUGGCGGCGGCGGUGGCUACGGCGGCGGCGGUAGUGGAGGCAGCUGGUGGUAA